AUGUUGUGUUUAGCAGUACAAAAUCUAUCACCUUCUGCACGUUGGGCUCAGAACGCUACCACAGUCGCAGGAUUGGCAAAUGGCACAGCUGGAUCAUCUUUAUCUACUCUCUUUUUGAACGAAGGAAUCAGCAUUGCAGAUGAGGAUGCUCUCUACAUCGCCGAUGGUUUUAAUAAUCGAAUUGUUUUAAUUGGACUUAAUUCCACUACAGCUAUAGCUAUCAUUCAAGAUGGAUCUAACUCAAGUCGUCUAUUUACUUAUCCUACUGAUGUUUUUGUCACUCAAAAAUAUAUCUACGUCUUAGAUAUGCAGAAUUUUCGCGUGGUAAAAUUAUUCAAAAAUAGAACAAAUCCAGUCACCAUUGCCGGAAUUAUGCUUGUAUACGGAACCGAUCUAAAUGCAUCAACAAUGGGUUAUUGCCACGAUAUAUUUGUCGACAGUAAUGAGAACUUGUAUGUGAGUGAUUAUUCAAAUAAUAGAGUGGUUCGUUAUUCAUCGAACUCAUCGAGUGGUAUGCCUGGUGUGAUAGUCGCUGGAAAUGGCACCGGUGGAACUAGUGUUUCGCAGCUAUCUGGACCAUGGGGAAUGUUUGUCAAUGAAGUAGGAACAUUGUAUGUUGCAGAUUGUUUGAAUAAUCGAAUCCAACAAUGGAAUAAUGGAGCUUCCUCUGGUGUGACAGUGGCAGGCACCGGAGUUAACGGUAAUAGUUUAGCUCAUCUGUACUAUCCGUCAGGAAUUGUUGUUGACUCAAAUGGAUACAUGUAUAUAGCGGAUUAUGGAAACAAUCGAGUUCUUCGAUGGGCACCAAAUUCGAAUUCUGGUGAAUGUAUUGUGGCUUGUACUGGUCAUAGAGGAAAUGGAAUUGAUACGCUGUAUGGGCCGGUUGCAUUGGCAUUUGAUAGCUAUGGAUCUCUUUUUAUUAGCGAUACAAACAAUAAUCGAGUACAGAAAUUUCAGAUACUUAGUAGUUUUGAUGAAACUUCAAUAACAAUGUCGACUUCAAUAACACAUCACACAACAUCAUUGCAAGCUUCGUCGAACUCAAGUAGGACACAUUCAUCUACAAUUGCAAUAUCAAUUGCUGUAUUGAAACAUUUUAAAUGA